GCAAGAAAAACGGCCAGCGACCUGCCACUUGCGCCUCACGCUCACCCUUCUUCCUACAAGCAUACCGCGCAGACGGCCAUCACUCUCUCACUUCAUCCAUCUCCAAUAAUUCAUUCUUCCUCUGAAAUACUUCGCCUACAACUACCUGCGCGACCCCCCACCGUCUGCCUGCCAACUUUCCUGUUAGCAGCAUUGGCGCGUCACUCCUUUCUACCCUUGCUCGGCCACCUAAGAAGCUACCACGUCGUCGUGAAUCGCUUGAGUUCCUUUACCCGCGUUGCGGCCUUCCAUCAGGAUUACGGCCUGCUUGUGCACCUUGGAGCAGUCUUUGCAGCUCGACUCUUCCAGAAAUCCCUCCGCUCUACAUUCUCGCCGCCUACCGAAGAACCACUGUGACGUUUGCACCCGUCCCAGCUCCCUGGAUUUCGUGGUGGCCUAACAACCCCCGAACCCUCCUUGCGUCCCAUCGCCUUCAAUAUCCAUCAAGUUCCACCCAUCUUUGCCCAUGUGGUCUUGAGCCAUGGCGCAAUCGCUGCCGAUCAAGUUCCAGGAGCUGUUGACGCUCAACAAUGCCGGCGUUGAGCAGAGCUCCAUCGGUUUCAACUCAUGUACCCUAGAAUCUGAUCACUUUAUUUGCAUAAGAGACCAAAAACCAGGUGCCACUCAACCCGAUGUCGUCAUUGUUGAUCUCCAGUCCAAUAACAAUGUCACCCGUCGCCCUAUCAAGGCCGAUAGUGCCAUCAUGCACUGGACUAAGCAAAUUAUCGCUCUCCGUGCUCAGUCUAGAACACUGCAGAUAUUCGAUCUCGAGAAGAAGCAAAAGCUCAAGUCCGCCACCAUGAACGAAGACGUUGUCUUUUGGAAGUGGAUCAGCGAGUCGACCUUGGGCUUGGUUACUGAGACCUCGGUCUAUCACUGGGACAUAUACAACGAGGCCCAAGCUGCUCCCGUUGAGGUAUUCAAGCGUAAUGCUAAUCUUAACAACUGCCAAAUCAUCAACUACCGUGUCAACAGCGAGGGAAAGUGGAUGUCGGUAGUCGGUAUUUCCCAACAACAAGGUCGUGUUGUCGGUAGUUUACAGUUGUAUUCGAAAGAUCGAGGUAUUAGCCAGGCUAUUGAAGGGCAUGCUGCCACUUUCGGGACCAUAAGGUUAGACGGUGCUGCUGAAGACACAAAGCUUUUUACUUUCGCUGUUCGGACAGCGACAAGUGCGAAGCUACACAUUGUUGAAAUUGAUCACAAAGAAGGAAAUCCCGUCUUUCAGAAGAAGGCAGUCGAUAUCUUCUUCCCUCCUGAGGCUACGAACGAUUUCCCAGUCGCUAUACAAGUUUCGCAAAAAUAUGGUAUCAUCUACAUGGUGACAAAAUACGGCUUCAUCCAUCUAUAUGACCUCGAAAGUGGCUCGGCUAUCUUCAUGAACCGUAUCUCAAGCGAAACAAUCUUUACCACCUGCUCAGAUGCUGAUUCGACUGGUAUCGUUGGGAUCAACCGGAAAGGUCAAGUGCUUUUCGUGUCUGUCGACGAUGCCAAUAUGAUCCAAUACCUUCUCCAAAACCCCGCCAACACGGAAAUGGCGAUCAAGAUGGCCUCACGUGCCGGGCUCCCUGGUGCUGAUCAGCUCUAUGCGCGCCAAUUCGACCAGUUCUUUGCCUCAGGCGACUAUGAAAAUGCUGCUAAGAUUGCUGCUAAUUCGCCCCGCGGGUUUUUGCGAACAACAGAGACAAUAAACAAGUUCAAGAACUUGCCAGCCCAGCCCGGCAAGAUGUCGUACAUUCUCCAGUACUUUGGGAUGCUCCUCGACAAGACGACUCCGUUGAACAAAACGGAAACCUUGGAGUUGGCUAUCCCGGUAUUGUCACAGGGCCGCAAACACCUUUUGGAGAAGUGGGCGAAGGAAGGCAAGUUAGACUUUUCAGAGGAGUUGGGUGAUCAGAUCCGACCACACGACAUCAACCUAGCCCUCGGCGUCUACCUAAAAGCCAACGUUACCCACAAAGUUGUUGCUUCGUAUGCCGAGCUUGGCCAAUUUGAGAAGAUUCUGCCAUAUUGUUCCCAAACUGGUUAUCAGCCAGAUUGGAUCAGUCUACUCCAACACAUCGUCCGCACCAACCCAGAAAAAGGCGCAGAAUUUGCGAGCACGCUGGCUAGCAAUGAAGGCGGCUCGUUGGUUGACCUUGACCGUGUGGUCGAUGUAUUCCAGUCUCAGGGCAUGGUUCAACAGGCAACUGCAUUCUUGCUUGAUGCUCUCAAGGACAAUCUUCCCGAGCACGGUCAUCUGCAAACCAGACUCUUGGAAAUGAACUUAGUCAAUGCACCUCCGGUUGCUGAUGCCAUACUCAGCAAUCAAAUGUUCACUCAAUUCGACAAGGCUCGAAUUGCGCAGUUGUGCGAACAGAACGGCUUGCUAACCAAGGCUUUGGAGCUUUACGAGUCCCCCGCUGACAUCAAACGUGUUGUCGUUAACAUUCCAGGCCAGCCCAACUUCAACCCAGAAUGGUUUGUAUCAUAUUUCGGCAAUCUCUCUGUCGAGCAGUCCCUAGACUGCCUAGAUGCAAUGAUGAAAAGCAACAUUCGCCAAAAUCUUCAAUCCGUUGUCCAAGUCGCCACCAAGUACUCAGAUCUUUUAGGUGCAACCAAUCUGAUUGAUCUUUUCGAGAAAUACCGAACUUUUGAAGGCCUUUUCUACUAUCUCGGCAGCAUUGUCAAUCUAUCUCAAGAUCCCGAUGUGCAUUUUAAGUAUAUCGAAGCUGCUACCAAGAUGGGCCAAUUCAACGAAGUGGAGCGAAUCUGCAGGGAUAGCAACUAUUAUAACCCUGAGAAGGUGAAGAAUUUCUUGAAGGAAGCAAAACUUACCGAAAUGCUACCACUCAUCAUCGUCUGCGAUAAGCACAACUUCGUCCAUGAUCUGGUCCUCUACCUGUACCAGAACCAACGUUUCCAAGCAAUCGAGGUCUACGUACAACGAGUCAAUCCAGGACGAACCCCUGAAGUAGUUGGUGGCCUGCUUGAUGUUGAUUGUGACGAGUCUGUGAUUAAAGAGCUGCUUAGAUCGGUCAACGCAGCCUCAAUACCAAUUGAUGCCCUUGUUCAUGAGGUUGAGUCUCGAAACCGCCUUAAGCUCCUGUUGCCAUUCUUGGAGGCUACUUUGGCAGCUGGUAAUCAACAGCAAGCUAUUUUCAACGCUCUCGCAAAGAUCUAUAUUGACUCCAACAACAACCCUGAAAAGUUCUUGAAGGAGAAUGAUCAAUAUGAUACACUGAGUGUGGGCAAGUAUUGUGAAAAGCGUGACCCUAACUUAGCAUUCAUUGCGUAUCAGAAGGGUCAAAACGAUCUUGAACUAGUCAAUAUUACUAAUGAGAACUCGAUGUACCGCGCCCAAGCCCGCUACCUCUUGGACCGAGCAGACCGAGAACUGUGGACUUUCGUCUUGAGCGAGAAUAACAUCCACCGCCGCUCCGUUGUCGACCAGGUCAUUGCAACAGCUGUUCCUGAGUCUAACGACCCCGCCAAGGUUUCUGAAGCUGUUGCGUCUUUUAUGGCGUCUGACAUGCCGAUUGAAUUAAUUGAGCUUCUCGAGAAAAUCAUUCUGGAGCCUUCUCCGUUCACCGAUAACCCAAGCUUACAAAACCUACUUAUGCUCACGGCCGCUAAGGCUGACAAGGGACGAGUUAUGGACUACAUCCACCGCUUGGAUGCCUUCAAUCCAGAUGAGUGUGCUCAGUUAUGUAUUGAUAUUGGUCUCUUCGAAGAAGCCCUGGAGAUUUAUAAAAAGGUUGGAAACCACACAGCGGCAGUGGAGGUUUUAGUCGAUCAUAUCGUUAGUAUCGAUCGUGCGAACGGCUACGCAGAAGACGUCGACAUGCCGGAAGUUUGGAGUAGAGUCGCCAAAGCCCAACUUGAUGGUCUCCGUGUAGGUGAUGCAAUUGAGUCUUACAUUAAGGCCGGCGACCCACGCAACUACGCCGAAGUCAUUGAAGUUGCCACUCAUGCUGGUAAGAAUGAGGAACUGGUGAAAUAUCUUCGUAUGGCUCGCAAGACUCUUCGUGAGCCUCCGAUUGAUACGGCUCUUGCCUUCUGCUAUGCUAGGCUAGAUCAGCUAGUAGAGCUAGAGGACUUCCUUAGAGGAACAAAUGUGGCCAACAUCGAAGAGUCUGGUGAUAAGGCUGCAAGUGAGGAUCUGCAUCAAGCUGCGAAGAUCUUCUACACAAGUAUCUCCAACUGGUCCAAACUCGCCACUACUCUUGUCCACCUUGAGGAUUACCAAGCCGCUGUUGAGUGCGCUCGUAAAGCCAACAACAUCAAGGUCUGGAACCAGGUCCACGCCGCAUGCGUUGCUAAGAAGGAGUUCCGCCUUGCUAAGAUCUGCGGUCUAAACUUGAUCGUUGAUGCUGAGCAACUGCAAGCUCUUGUCAAGCAAUACGAAUAUGAAGGAUACUUCGACGAGCUCAUUGAUCUUCUCGAGCAAGGCUUAGGUCUGGAGCGUGCUCAUAUGGGCAUGUUCACCGAACUGGGAAUUGCUCUCUCUAAAUAUCACCCCGAGCGUUUGAUGGAACACAUCAAGCUCUUCUGGAGCCGCAUGAACCUUCCUAAGCUGAUCCGUGCCUGUGAGGAGGCCAAUUUGUGGCCCGAACUUGUCUUCUGCUACUAUCACUAUGAUGAAUUUGACAACGCUGCCUUGGCUGUCAUGGAACGGGCACAGAAUUCUUGGGAACACCAACAGUUCAAAGAUAUUAUUGUAAAGGUUGCAAACCUAGAAAUCUACUACCGUGCUCUCAACUUCUACCUCGAGCAGCAUCCAUCUCUUCUUACCGACCUCCUCCAAGUUUUGACACCACGUAUCGACGUGAAUCGAGUCGUUCGGAUGUUCCAGAAGUCGGAUAAUCUCCCCUUGAUCAAACCAUUCUUACUGAAUGUCCAAUCUCAAAACAAGCGCACGGUCAACGAUGCCAUCAAUGAUCUGCUUAUCGAAGAGGAGGAUUACAAGACCCUUCGUGACUCUGUAGAGAAUUACGAUAAUUACGAUGCUGUUGAACUAGCAGGACGCUUGGAGAAACACGACCUGGUCUUCUUUAGACAGGUUGCUGCUAACAUCUACCGCAAGACCAAGAGAUGGGAAAAAUCCAUUGCUCUAUCCAAGCAAGACAAGCUGUACAAGGAUGCUAUUGAGACGGCCGCCAUUUCUGCCAAGACUGAUGUUGUUGAGGAGCUGCUCAGAUAUUUCGUCGACAUUGGCAGUCGUGAAUGCUACGUGGGCAUGCUUUAUGCCUGUUAUGAUCUGAUUCGCCCAGAUCUAGUGCUUGAGAUCUCGUGGCGCCAUGGCUUGCACGAUUUUACAAUGCCUUACAUGAUUAACAUGCUGUCUCAGCAGACCAAGGAGCUUGCAGCUCUCAAAGCUGACAAUGAAGCGCGGAAAGCGAAGGAAGCUGCCCAGGAGAAGCACGAAGAUGAGACGCCUAUACUGGGUGGUAAUCGCCUUAUGAUCACGGCCGGUCCUGGUGCUGGCGCUGGUAACAUCUCUCCGGCACCUUACGCACAAACCAACGGGUUCGCGCCUCAGCCUACUGGCUACGGCUUUUAGGCACCGCCUCAGCCUGUCGUGUUGGUGCCUGUUAUUGCGAAGCCCGUCUCUCCGCAUGUAAUUGGCCCAUCAUACGUCCAACCACAUCAAACAUACACAUUCCGACCUAUGGCAUAACUGCUUUCGUCUGCUCUUGAUUCAUCCGGAUGCAGUGCAGACAGGUAAUACGAACUCACAUGCGUUAGAGUAUAGGGGCUGCACAAAAGUUCUUGUAGAUUUGGAGGGGAUAAUGUGUCUUAUGUGACGGUAUUUUGACGCCCCAGGGUCAAGGGGUCGAGGCGGUUCUCCUGCUGUCAAUGCGUUAGGGGUCGAAUCGAGCAAGUAACUAGAAUAUCGAGAUUUGUCGAUCCCUAAUGAUUUUGGGCGUCUCGUCACGAUGAGAUCACACCAUAGUACAUUUGUAUGAUAGUAUAAGACGAAUGAGAAUUGUUUUUGUAUUCAUUCACGUUUCUA